CCGGGGCCUCGAAUGAAUACAACUACUCUCAACUUCCCUUUUGCUACGGACCAGUCUGGCAUCUGUUCCGUGUCUGUGCUUUUUCUUUCCUUCCAUUCUUCCUCGUGACGGCUCGAAGCCACGUCGAAUUUCGUACCGUUUUUUCUAUCUAAAAAGAGUGCUGGUCUAACUCCCACGACUACCCCUCAUGGCUAACGACGAAUACGACUUUCUCUUCAAGGUGGUGUUGAUCGGUGAUUCGGGUGUCGGAAAGUCCAACCUGUUGAGUCGUUUCACCCGCAACGAGUUCAACCUGGACUCCAAGUCGACUAUCGGUGUCGAAUUCGCAACCCGCUCCAUCCAGGUCGAUUCCAAGACGAUCAAGGCUCAGAUUUGGGAUACUGCUGGUCAGGAACGUUACCGGGCGAUUACCUCGGCCUACUACCGUGGCGCGGUUGGCGCUCUCCUCGUUUACGAUAUUAGCAAACAUCAGACCUACGAGAAUGUCAACCGGUGGUUGAAGGAGUUGCGGGACCACGCCGAUUCCAACAUCGUCAUCAUGCUGGUCGGAAACAAGAGCGAUUUGAGACACCUGCGGGCAGUGCCCACGGAGGAGGCCAAGCAGUUUGCGAGCGAGAACAAUUUGUCAUUCAUUGAGACCUCUGCCCUUGACGCCAGCAACGUCGAACUUGCCUUCCAGAACAUUCUGACAGAAAUCUACCGCAUCGUCUCCAGCAAGGCGCUCGAGGGUGACUCGCCCCAGAACCCGCUUGGGGAACGUCGCCAGGUCGUCAACAUUAGCGAGUCGCAGGAUUCGGAGCAGAAGCAGGGCUGCUGUUAAACGACUUCUCUUCCUUUCUCCUUUUGUCUUUUUUUAAAUCCCCUUCUUGCUAUGUGAUAAUUGAAUGGUCUUAUUUUGGUCUGUCUUAGCCUCCGGAUGACAGACUCGCACAUUUUAUGAGGUUUACUCAUCAUUCGCCAUCGAAUCCUUUUAUUAAAUGGACUAUUUUCUUUUCUUGUGUUCGUGGCCUCUGCUUUCGGUUUUAUGAUUAGCUCUUGAUGGCUCAUGUAUGUUAUGUGAUACUGGUUAUGGAUCAUUGAAUCGUAUUCUAGUUUAUUUUGACUACUUUAGCGGUUCAUCGUAUCUGGACAUCGUAUUCUUCAUGCCAUUUCCUCACCACCUUACCACGGCGCGCCUGCGUAUAUCUGUCGUGACCACGAGGCAAGCCAGCUGUCAUUUCUUUAUUCAUCAGGCCAACUCUGGUAAAUCGACACUGCGCGUGCAGUAUUCAUGC